AUGCCCAAGGAUUACAAUGGAUCACCAAAGCAUUAUAAUCAACUUGAAUCCAAGAGAAAUAGACUCACUUGGAUUUUAGGUGUAAGUGGAUUAUGUAUUUUGUGCUAUGUAAUGGGUACAUGGAAAAGUACAGGAACACCUAACCAAUCUGAGAAGUACUCAAAAGUAGAUUGCAAUACUGGAACAAACACAGGCUCGUCCUCGUACUCGUCUUCGUCGUUGGCGAAUUUAGAUUUUUCAAGUCAUCAUUCAAUUGAAAUAAGCACUUCUCCAGGGGUACCAGAGUUUCCAGCUUGUGACAUGAUGUACAGUGAGUACACACCAUGUCAAGAUCCAAAUAGAGGUAGAAAAUUUGACAGAAACAUGAUGAAAUAUAGAGAAAGACAUUGUCCUUCAAAAGAAGAGCUUUUGUCUUGUCUUAUACCCGCGCCGCCGAAAUAUAAGACACCUUUUAAAUGGCCUCAAAGUAGAGAUUAUGCUUGGUAUGAUAAUAUUCCUCACAAGGAACUUAGUAUUGAGAAAGCUAUUCAAAAUUGGAUUCAAGUUGAAGGCGAUCGGUUUCGUUUCCCCGGUGGAGGUACCAUGUUUCCUCGCGGAGCCGACGCGUAUAUUGAUGAUAUUAAUGAGCUUAUUCCUCUUACUACUGGUAAUAUCAGAACUGCAAUUGAUACCGGAUGUGGUGUGGCAAGUUGGGGUGCUUACCUAUUGAAAAGAGACAUUGUUGCAAUGUCAUUUGCACCAAGAGAUACACAUGAAGCUCAAGUUCAGUUUGCAUUGGAGAGAGGAGUUCCUGCUAUGAUUGGUAUCAUGGCUUCACAGAGACUUCCAUAUCCAGCAAGAGCUUUUGACAUGGCUCAUUGUUCUCGCUGCCUCAUACCAUGGAACAAAUAUGAUGGUAUGUAUUUGAUUGAAGUAGAUAGAGUCCUAAGGCCAGGUGGUUAUUGGAUUCUCUCUGGUCCACCAAUCAGAUGGAAGAAAUAUUGGACAGGUUGGGAUAGAACACAAGAGGAUUUGAAGCAAGAACAAGAUUCCAUCGAAGAAGUUGCGAAACGCAUAUGUUGGAAGAAAGUUAUUGAGAAAAACGACCUUUCCAUUUGGCAAAAGCCUAAAAAUCACGUCGAAUGCGCGCAACUAAAACAAACUUACAAAACGCCGCACAUUUGUCAGUCUGAUAAUCCCGAUAUGGCUUGGUACCAAAACAUGGAAAAGUGCAUAACUCCACUACCUGAAGUCACCGGUUCAAGCCAAGUAGCCGGAGGAGAGCUAGAAAAAUGGCCGAAACGCGCGUUUGCGGUCCCUCCAAGAAUCGCGAGUGGUUCGAUACCAAGCAUGACUGCGGAGAAAUUUCAAAAGGAUAAUGAAUUAUGGAAGGACAGAAUAGCACAUUACAAGCAGAUUACUCCUAUUGCUCAAGGAAGAUAUAGAAACAUCAUUGAUAUGAAUGCUUAUCUUGGUGGAUUUGCAGCAGCAUUAAUAAAAUUUCCGGUUUGGGUUAUGAAUGUUGUUCCGUCAAAUUCAGCUCAUGAUACUCUUGGUGCAAUCUAUGAAAGAGGUUUCAUUGGUACUUACCAUGAUUGGUGUGAAGCUUUCUCAACUUAUCCUAGAACUUAUGAUCUCAUUCAUGCAGCUGGAGUUUUUGGAAUGUAUCAAGAUAGGUGCAACAUUAAUGUGAUACUAUUGGAGAUGGAUAGAAUACUAAGGCCAGAAGGAACUGUGAUAUUCAGAGAUGGAGUAGAGCUUCUAACAAAGAUUAAAAGUGUUAUAGAUGCAAUGAAAUGGAAGAGCACUAUAAUAGAUCAUGAAAGUGGACCCUUUAACCCAGAAAAGAUUCUUAUUGCUACAAAAUCUUAUUGGACUGGUGAAGUUAAAGCUAGUGGCAACUAA